AUGGGAUACACACAUUCACCAAAAGAGCCCAUUGCCAUCAUCGGUAGUGGGUGUCGCUUUCCUGGAGAUUCCACGUCUCCUUCAAAGCUGUGGGAGUUGCUCUACUCUCCGCGAGAUCUCACAAGGGAAGCCCCCUCCGAUUCACGAUUCAACGCCAAAGGUUUCUACAAUGUCGAUGGUGAGCAUCACGGUGCCAGCAACGCAAGCAAUGCGUACUUCAUCGAGGAAGACCCUCGGCACUUCGAUGCUGGAUUUUUCAGUAUCGCGCCGCGCGAAGCCGAAUCCAUCGAUCCACAACAGAGGCUCUUGCUUGAGACCGUGUACGAAGCGAUGGAAAAUGCCGGCCUGACGCUGAAUGGAAUGAGAGGCAGCGAGACUUCAGCCUAUAUGGGUGCCAUGUCCGCUGAUUACACAGAUACUCAGCUGAGAGAUAUCGAGAACGUCUCCAAAUACAUGAUCACUGGAACGUCCCGGGCCCUCUUGUCGAAUCGCUUAUCCUACUUUUUUGACUGGAAAGGUCCCUCUAUCAGUGUCGACACGGCGUGCUCGUCAAGUCUGGCAGCUGUGCAUCUUGGUGCCCAGGCCUUGCGCGCGGGGGAGUGCAAAAUCUCCUGCGUGGGCGGCUCCAAUAUCAUUCUCAAUCCAGAUUGCUAUCUUGCCGCCACCAGCCUUCAUUUACUUUCCCCCACCGGUCGUUCUCAGAUGUGGGAUGUGGCUGCGGACGGAUACGCUCGAGGAGAGGGCGUUUGUGUGUUCUUCAUGAAGACCUUGUCUCAGGCAUUGCGAGAUGGAGAUCGGAUCGAUGCACUGCUCCGAGAAACAUGUGUCAACUCGGAUGGGCGCACGCAAGGUAUUGCACUACCUAGUGCUGAGGCACAAGUUUCCUUGAUGAGGACUGCGUACAAGAAUGCCGGGCUAGACCUCUCAAAGGCAGAAGAUCGCCCGCAAUAUAUUGAGGCCCAUGGAACCGGUACCCAAGCUGGAGAUCCUAGAGAAGCAUUCGCCAUUGGCACCACAUUCUUCCCACCCGAGGAAGACCACAGUCACAGACCCAAACUCAUUGGUGGGUCAAUCAAGACCGUAAUUGGUCACACUGAAGGAUGUGCCGGUAUUGCAGGAAUUCUGAAGACCAUUCUAGCUAUGCGACAUAAGACCAUUCCUCCCAACCAACAUUUCCACAACCUCAACCCCAGCGUAAAACCUUCUUUCAGAUAUCUUUCCAUUGCCACCACACCGGAGGCUUGGCCCAUACCGCCUCCUCACACCCCACUGCGAGCAAGUGUGAAUGGAUUCGGCUCCGGAGGUACUAAUUGCCAUGCCAUUGUGGAAAGCUAUGUGCCCGAGAUUCACGACAAUGGUCCUUGGGGAAAGCCUCAAGGGUACCAGUGCCCCUCAGACGCCAUUGCUGCACCCCAAAGCGAUUUCUCUGCAAUCCCUCUGCUAUUCUCGGCUAACUCGGGCUCUGCCCUGGUUACCAUGCUGGAGAGGUAUGAAGAGUACUUGGACAAGACAGACGUGUCAAUUCAACGCCUGGGCAUGACGCUCAACUCUCAUCGUUCUACUUUGCCAGUGAGGAUAUCUAUCCCUGGAGCCUCGAGAGCAGAAGUUCUCAGCGCAAUCCGGACACAACUUACCAAAGUCCGCUCAAGUCCCGGAGCGGAGAUUGGCACCCGGUCCUCCCUUCCAGAGUUUGAUCGGGUCAAGCGGCCCAAGAUUUUGGGAGUGUUUACUGGACAAGGAGCUCAAUGGGCAGGUAUGGGUCAAGGGCUUUUGGAGAAAAACGCGUUGUUCCGAGAAGUCAUCGAGGUGAUGGAAGAAGCGAUGGCACAACUGCCCGACGGACCCACGUGGUCUUUGAAGGAGGAGAUAAUGAAGCCCCCGGGAACAUCGCGCCUCGGAGAAGCUGAGAUCUCCCUCCCUGUCUGUGCAGCACUCCAGGUUGGCCUCGUCAAAGUCCUCUGGAGUGCAGGAAUAACUUUCAGCAUGGUUGUCGGUCACUCCGGUGGCGAGAUUGGUUCUGCUUAUGCUGCUGGUAAGAUCAACGAGGUUGAUGCAAUCAAAAUUGCAUACUACCGCGGUGUGUACACAAAACUCGCCAUCGGUAAAGACGGAAAAAAGGGCGGUAUGAUUGCCGUCGGAUUUGGUUACGAAGAAGGGCUCAGGUUUUGCGCCCUCGAGCAAUUCGCCGAUCGCCUCACUGUUGCCGCCAGUAACUCACCCAAGAGUGUCACAAUUUCUGGAGACUUGGAUGCCAUUGGAGAGGCGAAAGAAAUGCUAGACGCGGAGGGCCUGUUCAAUCGUGUUCUCCGGCUCGAUACAGCUUACCACUCUCAUCACAUGUAUCCUUGCGCGGCGCCUUAUCUGGCGGCGAUCGAGCGUUGUGGCCUUGUCGCUGGCAAGUGCAAUGAAACUGCUUGGGCAUCCAGCGUGUAUCAAGAUAACAGAAUGAUCACUCCUGCCCAGGAUGCGGACAUGGAAGCAGCUUACUGGAAAGACAAUCUGAUUGGAAGAGUCUUGUUCUCACAAGCCGUUGAGCGCGCCUUGGACGAGGGCAACGGCGACUUUGACCUCGCCUUCGAGGUUGGACCGCACCCUUCGCUCAAGGGCCCGACUCUGGAGAUUAUCAGGGAGAAGCUUGGCUCUGAAAUCCCCUACUCCGGCGUUCUAGAUCGGAAGUCUGAUGACAUUUCGGCCCUGAGUACCGCUCUCGGGUUCGCGUGGGUGACAUUGGGAUCUGGGAUUGUCGAUUUUGCAGGUUAUGCGUUGGCAUUUGACCCGAGAAAUGCUUCCAUCUCAAAUGCACCCGCUCUUUCUGACCUACCAACAUAUCCAUGGGAUCACAAGAAGAUCCUGUAUCGCGAAUCACGGCUUAACAAGAAUGUCCGCAACAGGGCCGAUGCACCUCACCCGCUUCUUGGUAGCAGAACCCCCGAUGAUACCGAUUAUGAGCCCAGAUGGCGAAACUUCUUCAUCACGGAUGAGUUACCCUGGUUACGAGACCAUUCGAUUCAAAAUCAGAUCAUCGUCCCGGCGGCUACCUACUGUGUCAUGGCGCUUGAAGCUGCGAAGGUUCUUUGCCGGGGAAAGAAUGUGCACAGCAUUGAGCUAUCCAAUGUAGCCAUCUUGCGCCCAAUUGUUUUGGACGAGGCGUCUGAUGGCACCGAGACAUUGUUCUCUGUGCAAAGCAAUCUUGAUUCCAAUAAGAACGAGGGUGAGAUCCAAGCCCACUUCAGUCUCAGCGCUGGUGCGAUGGAUGACAGGCAUUUAAGAACUGCCGCCACCGGUCAGAUUCGAAUCGUCCUUGCCGACCCUGCUGCUGGUUCAGAAUCCCUCGUCCCGCGUCCCGAUCUUCGUCAGAAGGCCAAUCUGGUUCUAUUGCCAACCAGUGUCGAUCGGUUUUAUACCUCAAUGGACGAGAUCGGAUUGAGCUACAGCGGAGCCUUCAGGGCUAUGAAAUCCAUGCAGAGACGCCUGAACUUUGCAUCUGCUACCGUAGCUGUAAACAAAGACCUGGCUGAAGAAAUCCCUGUUCAUCCGACUUGGCUCGAUGCCUGCUUCCAGACCUUCCUCGCAGCAUUUGCCGCUCCUCUCGACAAUUCACUAUGGACCGCCUUUAUGCCAACCACAAUCGGCCGGAUGGUUUUGUUCCCAUCGGAAAAUUCUGAGGGACCCGGGUCUUCAGUUACUGUGGACGCGCACAUUACCGAGUUUGCGCCAGGUUACCAGGUCGCACUGCCGACACUGACUGGUGAUAUGAGCAUAUUCAACACGGACACCAACCAAUUGCAAGUCCAGAUUGAAGAUUUUGUCAUGAGUUCGUUCCUCCCUGCUUCUGAAAGUGAUGACAGGAUAUUUUACUUGAAGAAUGUGUGGGGACAGGAGAUUCUUUCCGGGGCCCUCUGUGAAUCUGAACCCAGAAUCGACGUUCUGGAAUGCGAGUCAAAGGCCAUCGAUGCCUGUGAGCAAGUUAUACAGUAUUACCUGUCCAAGCUCAAUACCCACCUUGAUGAACUAGCCGAGAAAAUUCCCGGGCUUCGCUCUCUGAUCAGCCAGAUGGAGGCUCGCGCCACUAGCGUCCCGACGCAAUCUGAUAUUAACUCCAUUCUGGAAGAACUGGGAGAACACAUAGAUCUUGUUCUAGUCCGUACUAUCGGAGAAGGCCUUUCGGAAAGUCUUUCCGAUUCAAAGUCUGAGGGCCCUAGUUCAGUUGCUCCCAGAGCUACCUCCUUAUCGAUGCCUGCCCUGAUUUCUCGUUGGCACAAUGAGGGCUUGGGUUUCUCACAACUACAAAGCCAUUUCGUGGCUGCAGUGAAACAAAUUUCUCACCAGCACGCCAAUUUGAGAAUUCUUCAAGUUGGCCCAUCUUCACCAAAUCUAGUCCGUGCUGUUUGUCACGAGCUGGGUCGCAGCCUGGAAAAAUAUACUGUCAUCGAUGACUCUGAGCCCAAUAUCGAGGAGAUGAAGAGUGCUCUUGCUGCAGACCAGCUGAGAGUGGAUUUCAAACAAGCCAGUGUGGAGAAUGGGCUUGAAGAAGUUAACCAUUUGACUAACCAUUUCGACUUGGUCAUUGUCCACAAAGCAUUCACCAAGAAAAUUACCGCUUUGAAGACUAUUCGUAGCCUAGUGCGGCCUGGGGGCUUUAUGCUCAUGAUGGCUGCGACUGGCCCCCAGCUUCGUUUCCCAUUCAUGUUGCUAUCUGCACCCCCCUCGGUUGAUGAAGAUGGAUUUGUCCAAACCAAAUUCAUUAACCCCACGCGUGAAGAGACUGACAAGCUCCUUCGACACGUUGGAUUUUCUGGGGUGGACUCCAUUGCUCUGGACAAUGUGCUCGACAAGCAUACAUUCUCUGUCGUCGUGUCGCAAGCGGUCGAUGAUCAUAUAAACUUCUUGCGCCACCCAUUGACAUAUCCCUCGCCUUUUCCCCUCACCGGAAAGCUCCUGGUUGUGGGUGGGCUGUCGCGAGAUAUCGCCAAGCUUGCGAAAAGUAUACGAUCAAAGGUGGCAAGCGUGUGGCAGGGAGAGAUCGUCGAUGUUCGAACCCUCGCUGAGGUGGGUGAUGAAGCGAGCGGUGUGGAGGCUGUCUUGAGUCUGACUGAUCUCGACCGUCCUGUCCUGGAGGAUAUCAGGUCCCCGACCUUGAAAGGUCUGCAGUCGCUAUUAUCAAUUGCUAAAACGGUUCUCUGGAUUACCGAGGGGGCGAAAGCUGAAAAUCCGUAUCAAAAUGCCACCAUUGGUCUUGGCCGGUCGUUCCAGUCCGAGAAUCCACAGAAAGUCCUCCAAUUCCUCGAUCUGGACACAAUUGAUGAUGCUGAUUCAAUGAUUGCGGAGAGUCUUCUGAAACUCGUUGGCGGUGUCAGCUUGAGGAAUAGCGAUUCCGCGGAUGCGACUCACCUGUGGGCAGUUGAGCCAGAGAUCUCCCUUGAGAAGGGCAAAUAUCUUGUUCCAAGACUUUUCCCUGAUACGAAGCGGAACGAUCGGCUGAAUGCUGUCAGGCGCAAAGUAGAGACACUUGCGACUGGCGAGGAAGUUUGCCUCACCAGAUCCGUACAAAAUGAUGGCCAAGUCUCUUAUGCAGCUGAGGAGGUCCACCGCCGCGUGCAUCUUGAAGAAGAUACGGCCCAUCUGAUUGACAUUCAAGUCGAGCUUUGCUCUUUGGAGCCUGUCAUCCCCAGUAUCGAUAAUGAGGGACUUUUUUGUUUCCUUGGGCGCACUCCAGAGGGAGAACAAGUCCUAGGCCUAUCUUCAUCCAAUGCUUCUAUGGUGAAGGCCUCUCGGGCACAGAUAAUACAAGUUGAUAAGGCAAACUUACAAGACGAUGAAGCCUUGUUGUCCGAGCUUCUGAACGAGAUCAAGUCGGUCGUCAUCACCAAGUCCAUCCCCCCUGGAUGCACUACCCUGAUUUACGAACCCGGUGCAUAUCUUGCCGCUUGCCUGAAGAGAUCGGGCCACGCGAAUAUUUCGUCAGUCAGCUUCAAGGCAAGCUCAGCUGGGGCGAUGGCAGGUACCCACAUCUCCAUCGAGCCACAUGCCUCUAGAAAAGAGAUACAAGCGAAGAUAUCCCCCAAGACUAAGAUUCUCCUUCAUAUGGGGCUUGGGACCGAGAAACGGGAGUUUGCGGUUCUCAGACACGCUCUUCCCGCCUACUCGACCGUUGUCGCUUUCACUGACCUUGACGCCCAUAGAUUGAGGCCUGAUCAACUGCUUAUGGAAGCGUUUGCUGUGAUAACAAGUGGCUUGCCGCGCGAAAGUAUUCCAUCUGACUCCAGUGUCGUGGUGAAAGCCUCCGCUUUAGUGGCAGAGGGCAUCAAGGAACAUCCCAACGCAGUUUUCGUUGACUGGACAGGUGCUCAAAACAUCACCAUUAGCCAGAGACCCAUUGACACCACCAACCUUUUCUCGCCUGAUAAGACAUAUCUUCUUGUGGGCCUUACUGGGCAUAUUGGGCAGUCGAUGUGUCGCUGGAUGUCGAGGAGUGGAGCUCGGCAUAUCGUCGUUACAAGUCGAAACCCAGAGAAGCAAGGCCAGCUGUGGAAAGACGAGCUAGUUAGACAAGGAGUAAACAUUGUCAUUGAAGCGGCGGAUGUUACUAACAAGCAUCACCUCACAGAGCUACGCGCUCGCAUCGCUAGCUCGAUGCCUCCGGUUGGUGGUAUUGCCAAUGGUGCCAUGGUGUUGGAUGACAAGAUGUUCAUUGACAUGCCUUUUGAGAGUUUCAAAACUGCCAUCAAGCCCAAGGUGGACGGUUCAAUCUACCUGGAGGAUGUUUUCUCUGGCGAUGACCUUGAAUUCUUUUUGUUCUUCUCCUCUAUUUCGGUGAUGACGGGUCAGCGGACACAGGCUAACUAUGUUGCUGCCAACAACUUCAUGGUCGCCAUGGCAGAGAGACGAAGAGCCCGUGGCCUUCCUGCUUCUGUCAUCGAUAUUGGCAUGGUAUCCGGUAUGGGUGUUAUUCAGAGAUCCCAAAAUGAAAAGGGUGUCAGCAGUAUGGAGAACUCGAUUCGACAGAUGCACUAUAUGCCCGUAUCGGAGGUGGAUUUGCAUCAUCUCCUCGCUGAAGCCAUCCUCGUUGGCCAAAGUGAUGAGUCCCCCGAGCUUAUCACAGGGUUGGAGACCUACAAAGCCGUGGCAGGAGAGACUCCCUUUUGGCACAAUAAUUUGCGAUUUUCUCAUCUCAUCACUGACCCUGACGCUGCGCAGACUGGUGCGGACUCUCUCAAUAGCACCAACAAAUCUCUGAAAGAGAUGCUGCUCAGCUCUGGUGGCCCCGAUGAAGCAACGAAAGUCAUGGAGAAUGCUCUUUUGGAAUACCUAGCAUCUUCACUGAAGCUGGCAAUUGAGAGCAUUUACACAGAUGUUCCCAUAAUUGAUCUGGGCAUCGAUUCUCUUGUCGCCGUUCAAAUUCGCAAUUGGAUCUGGGGUGAAGCCGGAUACGACAUACCUGUUCUGAAGAUUCUGGGUGGUUCUUCGGUCGAACAGAUUUGUGGUGAAGUAGUUUCAUCUCUGUCAUUUGACAAAAAGUCCAUCGCAGCUGCCAAGGUCGAAAGCCAAGCAACACCGACUCAGCAUGUUCGUCCUUGGGAUAAACCAACUGACAAGACUCCAAUGGACGAUGCGAUGACCGCGCCCAGGUCAGGUGUGGCAGCCAAUGGACAUAACACCAUGCCGAACGGUGCGUCAAACGGCAUUUCCAAUGGUGUGUCAAACGGUGUGUCAAAUGGGAUAUCGAAGAAAUCUCCGAUCUCUGCCAGGAAGUGCAAGUCUCAGCCGAGAGUUCAAGACCAUGCGAUUGCCGCGAAGAAAGGCCCUCGUCCGACUCCGAUAAGCACACAUCCGCUCUCAUUGGGUCAAUCACGACUUUAUUUUCUCUCUCAGUACCUUGAAGAUGACGUCGUCUUGAACUGCGUCAUUUCCUACACUCUUUCUGGGAAGCUGGACGUCCCCAAAUUGGAAAGGGCCAUUAACGAGGUGAUUCAGCGUCAUGAGACCUUGCGCACCUCAUUUUACAUAGAUGAGAAGUUAGGAAAGCCUAUGCAGGGAGUCUUGGACAAUUCACCCUUCAAACUCAAGGCUGUCCCUAGUGCCAAUGCCUCAGAUAAUGUCGAGGACGAGUUCGAUUUGAUCCGUUACCGUCAGUAUGAUCUCGAGCAAGCGGACACUUUUGCCGCUACAAUCUUGUCACACCGGGAAAAUUCUCACACUCUUAUCUUUGGAUACCACCACAUCAUCAUGGAUGGUGUCAGUUGGCAAAUAUUCCAGAAGGAUAUGGCCAUGUUCUACAAUGACUCGGACUCAGUUGACUUGCCCAAGUCUUUACCAGCUCAAUAUUCCGAGUUCACUUUGAAGCAACAAAGCGACAUAUCGGAUGGAGCGUACACUGAAAGACUCGAAUUCUUCCAGAACGAAUUCCGAGAGCCUUUGGAAGCUCUCCCUCUUUUCGCUUUUGCGAAAGUGAGCACACGUAAGGCUGUGAAGCAGUACGCUGUUCAAGAGGUUGUUACCCGCCUUGAUGCCGAUGUGGUGAGCGCGAUCAAGAAGGCGAGCCAGGCCUCUCGCACGACUCCUUUCCAUUUCUACCUCUCUGCUUUCCAGGUUCUGUUGCACAAACUCCUGGCCACAGACAAGAUGUGUAUAGGGGUGGUAGAUGCCAAUCGGUCUCAACAGAACUUUGUGAACACCGUCGGGUUCUUCUUGGAGACUAUCCCCUUAUUGUUUAAGGUCGACGAGAAUCAAAGCUUCGUCGAACUGCUGAAGGCAACACGUACUAAAAUGUAUGCUGCUUUAUCCCAGACAGGUGUUCCUACUGAGGAGAUUCUCAAAGCUUGUGGCAUUGUAUCGUCAACAACGGAAACGCCCCUCUUCCAAGUAUGCUUCAAUUAUCGCAUGGGAGCUGGCCGCACUUCUCCUUUGCAGGGAGUGGAGAUGGCAUUCUUGGACUAUGUUGAUGCCAAGAACCCGUUCGACCUCGUUGCGACUGUCGAUGAUCUAGACGACGGAACCGCCAUGAUUACCCUCUGUCUACAGGACUACCUGUAUGAUCAAGAGGGUGCUAAACUCCUUGCCAGCAUGUAUGCGCAAACGCUUGAGGUAUUGGCAGAAAACUCCGAUCGCCUAGUUGGCUUUGUGUCAAUUUCCCAUGCGAGCCUGGAAGAUGAGGCUAUUAAGCUCGGCACCGGGCCCAAGUUGGACCUCACGGCUCCAUUUUCCAGUACUCUAUCGAGCAUCAUUGACACCUGGGUUCACAAGGACCCCCACGCACUUGCUGUGAAAGACACCAGCGGUAAGACAAAGACGUACUUGCAGCUCUCGGAGAGAUCCAACGCUAUUGCAGGGGCGCUGUUUAAUGCUGGUGCCGCGCCUUCAAAUACCAUCGCUGUUCUUCUCGAACCUGGGGUAGACACAAUUGCCGCGAUCCUUGCAAUUCUCCGUAUUGGAGCUACCUAUGUACCUCUCGAUACAAGGAGCUCAGAUAUACUGCUUGCUGAUAUUCUGCGAGAAUCCCAACCGGUAAUUGUGGUUCACCACACUGCAACAGCCCAACGUAUCAAGUACCUUGUGAGCUCCGCUUCGAAAACAAAGUUUGUGACUCUGAACGCGGUCCCUCAGAAGACUGUGAGAAAAUCGCAAGACGUCUCGGUCCCAGAAAGCAUUGCGAUGAUUCUCUAUACCAGCGGUUCCACUGGUAAGCCGAAGGGGAUCCCACUGACGAAUGCCAACAUCCGCACACCUAUCUUAGGUGUUUCGGAGAGAGUGCCACUCGGACGAGAAGUGGUUCUCCAGCAAAGUGGACAAGGAUUUGACGCUGCAGUCUACCAGAUUUUUAUUGCGCUUGCCAAUGGCGGCUCGUUGAUCAUGGCAGACAAUAGAGACGAUGCCGCAAAGCUCGCCGCCCUGAUGGCUCGCGAGGCUGUCACUUGCACCACUCUCAUUGUCUCUGAAAUGCAAGCUUUGUUGAAGUAUGGUUACCAUCAACUUCGCAACUGCUCUUCAUGGCGUGUUGCAAUGGUCGCUGGCGAGGCAUUCACGAUCAGCCUCUUAGACCAGUUCCGUGACCUCAACAUGCCAGACUUGAAGGUGAUCAACGCGUAUGGUCCGACCGAAGCGUCCAUCUGCUCUUCCUUGGGUGAAGUCUCGUUGGAAAAGACCGACUCGACAGAAGUGAGCAUUCCAAUCGGAAAGGCUCUUGCCAACUAUGGAACAUAUAUCGUGGAUGAUAAUUGCAAACCCGUUCCCCUUGGUUGGCCUGGUCAAAUCGCAAUUGCGGGGCCCGGUGUUGCCAGUGGCUAUUUGAACCUCCCUGAACUUACAGAAGCUAAGUUCAAGACUUCAUCUUUUCUGGAAAGCGUAUCCGGGUCAACUGCUAUUUAUCUUACCGGAGAUAAAGGUCGGAUGCUUUCCGAUGGCUCCGUUGUCAUCUCUGGUCGUGUGGAUGGAGAUGAUCAGGUUAAAAUCAGGGGUCAUCGAGUGCAACUCGGGGAUGUCGCCAGGGCUCUCGUUCAAGCAUCUUGUGGAAUAUUUGUGGAUGCGGCUGUUUUGCUCAAGGGGGACGACCCCUCAAAGCAGCAGCUCGUCGCUUACGUCGUCUUCUCGCGAGCCAGUAAUGCACAAGACAAGCAGACAUAUCUCCGUCAACUCAACCAGGAUCUUCCUGUUCCAGCAUACAUGCGCCCGGCAAUCAGCAUUCCUUUAGAUACUCUCCCGGUGACGGAUCGUGGCAAGCUUGACACUCGGAAAUUGGCUUCUUUGCCUCUACCCACUAUCGCCGCCGACGAGGAUGAGGAUGAGGAGCUUACAUCAACAGAGACACGGCUGCGAAACGUUUGGAAAAAUGUUCUGGGUGAAAUUUCUUCAUCCAUUCCGGUUGGUCGUGCUUCUGAUUUCUUUUCAGUUGGCGGUAACUCCUUGCUUUUGUUGCCUUUAAAGGCUGAAAUCACUCGCGAGUUCGGGAUUGAGCUUUCGAUCCCAGAACUCUUCCAUUCCAGCACACUUGAGCUUCUCGCUGCGCGAUUGAAUGGUACUUUAUUGUUGACGCAAAUCAACUGGCAUGAGGAGACCGCCCUGGAUGAGGCAACCUUUACACUGCCCCCCACCACCAACGGAGCGAACGGAGUCAACGGGCACAAAGAAUCGAACGGUGACUCGAAGGGAAUCUCUGUUCUUCUCACAGGCGCCACGGGCUUCCUCGGGGGUCACAUUCUGCGUCAACUUGUCGAACUUCCCGAUGUUUCGCACGUUCACUGUGUGGCCAUCCGACCCAGCGCGGAUGGUUCAACUCGACAAUUGAGCGUUGAUUCACCCAAGAUCACAUGUUACGCAGGCGAUCUUUCCCUUCCUGGUUUGGGAAUGAGCGAGUCCGAAGCUUCUUAUCUAUUCAAGAGAAUCGAUGUCAUUGUUCACAACGGCGCUGAAGUGUCGCACAUGAAGAACUACCGCAGUCUCCGAGCUGCGAACUUCUUAUCCACGAGAGAACUAGCCCGGCAGGCUGUGAGCCAUGGAAUCCCGAUCCAUUAUGUUUCCACUGGAGGUGUGGCACGUCUGAGUGGUGCUGAUGAGCAGCCGGAGGAAUCGCUUGCUGCAUUCUGUCCUCCCAUCGAUGGAUCUGACGGAUACGUGGCGUCCAAAUGGGCAAGCGAGGUUUUCCUUGAGAAAGUUCAACGGCGCUCCAAGCAGCAGUUCUGGAUUCACCGACCUAGCAGCAUCACCGGUGAAAAUGUUCCGGAUAUGGACAUUGCGCAUAGUCUGCUUAAGUUCUCUAAGUUAUUGGGUGCUGUACCUGACCUCACUGGGUCUACUGGAUUCUUCGAUUUCAUCAACAUUGAAACUGUUUCAAAGAACAUCGCUGCCUGCGUGGUCAAUGGCAGCGAGGAGACUGGCGCUGAUCUGGUCUACCUUCACCACAGUGGCGAGCGAGUCAUCGCUGUUGGGGAAUUGCAGGAGUAUAUUGAGGAAUUGGAAGGGCAGGAUUUGAAGGUUCUUCCUCUGAAGGAAUGGGUAUUUAAAUCUAUUCAGAAGGGUCUGGACGAGGUCUUGGGGUCCUUCAUGCUGGCAUCCAAGGGAAAGAUUCGAGCACCUCUAUUGCAAAGGGCCAAUCAGGUCGUGUAG